UGACUGAUAAGCGGGUCACGUCACGCCGGGGUCCUGGAAUAACCGCGGGGCUCCACAAUAUUGCCAGCCAGGAGUGCCAGGCAAGACUGACUCCAGCGUUCAUAACGUACCCUCGUCCUCCCCCUCCUCCUCCUACACCUCCUGAUGCUCUGCCGGUCUCUGACUUUGAAUGAAACACGCGGAAAAAUGAUUGUCUGACAAGAACACCAAAAGGCAUUCGGAGAUCAAAGGUCGGUGGCUCACGUCUGAUGGUCGAGAACCAGAUUACCAGAUAUUAUGAAUUAAGCGGUCGAGCAGGAGGCCGUCUCUUGUGUUUAUGCCUUCAGACAUCUGGUCUUAGAGACUCCAGCUGGUUUAGGCUGUAGAAGCUGGAGCUUUACUUCCUCAAUCUGUGAAGGUAUUGAAAUAUAACCUGGUGUUCUGAAGCCACACGACUGUACUAUUAAAUAAUUGGGAAGUGAAGUAUUUGCUCCUUCAGAAGACAAAGCCCUCAAGUGGCCUCAGUCAGCUUACGGAGGAGACAUCUUACAGCUGCUUACUCACCUGAACGAGGCUGAGAAUGUCCCCACGCAGAAGGCGACGCAGUAGAAGAUAGCACCAGCAAAACACCCCCCUCCCCUCCCAUCCUGAACCUAACCACGUCUGCUGCAGUCAUGGAGUUUGUACACAAAACCUCCUCUUGCACCCUCGCCUCCUGCCCUCUCUCCUUGAACAGAUAUUUUUCUACUCAGACGAGACCUACUCACAACACCGCCACCCAAACCAAAACAAUGACAAGGGGACCAGAAAUCCGCCGAUCGCAGACGCUGCGACAUUCAAGCGGGAGUUCUUCACGGACUCUCUCCUCCCUAAAUCCUUUCCCGACGAACCCUUCCACGGUGUGUCUCCUUCACGUACUAGCGCUUUUAGUACUGGUGCCUCAGGUGAUGUCCUUCGCGACGUCCUCCUUCAUAUCACCCCGCCUGACGUCCUUCGGCUCCUGGGAACACGAGGCGUGGCUGGAGGAGCACGGAGCCUUUGUGGUGCAGUGGACACCACGAGAGGAGAACAUUGAGUUCAGGGUGACAGCGAGAACAACUGGUUACAUCGGGUUUGGCCUUUCCUCCAAACCCAGGAUGGACGGCGCAGAUAUCGUCGUUGGAUGGGUACACUCCGGCAAGGCUUACCUACAGGAUCGUCAUGGACACGGCAAUCAAGAGCCUUCAGUGGAUGACCAGCGCGAUUGGAUGUUGGUGGGCGGCUAUGAGAAUGACACCCACACUGUGCUGAUCAUGUCCCGCCCCUACAACACCUGUGACAAGCAAGACCAUGUCAUCUCCAACGACACGGUACGACUGCUGUGGGCAUACCACCCCGACGACCCCGUGGACCCGGAGAGCCCCCGCCCACGCCUGCACUACCACGGGGGAUCCAGGAGGGGAGCUAAGUCUAUGUUCUUACUGGAGAGAGGCCACACCACCCACCCGUCCAACACCCUUCACCAUACUCCCAGAUAUCCUCCCCAACACCCUCCCUCUUCCUCUCCCCACUCUCCCUCAGGGCUCCCUCCUUCUUCUCCCUCUCUCCCUCAACACACUGGUAGCCACUAUCACCACCACCAGCGCCCCCACCAUCACCAUCACCACCACCCGACAACUACCAAGUCCUGGCUACUCACUAACCCAGGGGUGGAGAUCGAGGCUGGCAGUGACACCCUCUACUGGUGCACGGUGUUCAGGAGACCGACCCUUGUGCAGAAGAACCACGUCAUUCGGUACGAGCCGGUGUUCACGCCUGGGAACGAGCAGUACGUCCACCAUAUGAUCGUCUACGAGUGCACGGACCUGAGCGACGAGAACCCGGCCAUUGAUGAAGCUUACGAGGAGCAGGCGGCGUCGGGGGGUCAAGGCUGCUACCCGAGUGACAUGUCGCAACUCAUCGCUACCUGUAACCAUGUCGUUGUGGCCUGGGCUGUCGGAUCUGAGGGCCUGUCUCUACCCCCUGAGGCUGGGUAUCCCUUAACCCCUAAGGGCCCUAAGUUCUACAUGAUGGAGGUCCACUAUGACAACCCUAACAAACAAGCCUUCAGGGACGAGUCAGGGAUCCGCAUCAUCUACACCCCUGACUUGCGGUACUAUGACGCAGGUGUGUUGAGUAUCGGGGUGGAUCCGACCUGGAAGCACCUCAUCCCGCCCCGCCAGAGAACCGUCUUGUCUGAGGGGCACUGUGUGGGCGAGUGUACCCAAGCUGCCCUACCCACUACAGGUAUCAACGUGUUUGCGGUCAUCCUACACACCCACCUGCUGGGGAGGAAGGUGCGGGUGCGGCACCUGCGGCAGGGGCGGGAGCUGGAGCCCAUCGCUCAGGACAACAAUUACGACUUCAACUACCAAGAGUACCGGGCCCUCAAGGCUCCCCGGUCCGUGCUACCGGGUGAUCAUCUGAUAGGGGAGUGUGUGUACAACAGCCGGGAGAGGUCCACCAUCACCCUAGGAGGCCUGAAGACGAGGGACGAGAUGUGUCUGUCGUUCCUGUUCUAUUGGCCGAGGGCGAAUCUGUCCCUCUGUCACUCCAAGCCUUCACUCAACACAGUACUUCACUCGCUGGGUAUUGACGAGCUCUCCGCUAAAUCAGAUCCUAUCAAGAUCCAUCGACCUAUUGAGCUGGCAGGAAAGACGCUGGAAUGGCGACUAAUGAACUACGACUGGAAGAAUCAGUUCGAGUACUUCCAGGAGACGACCCAUAACGGCACCUUCAACCCCACCUGCUGGAGUCGUGGCCAGAGUCUUAUACCCGAGCUGGAGAAACUAGACUUCGAGUAUCCGAACAUCACGGAGGCUUGGGCACCGGAGAACAUCUGUCGGCGACGCAGAAGGAAGGAUAGGCGUCGUAAGAACAAGAAUGGCCGCGGGAAGAACCACCAUCUUCUCUCACACGGAGGCGGGGAGGAAGUAGAAGAGGAGGAGGAGGAAGAAGACGAAGAGGAAGUGAUGUUCGAUGACCAGACCAAUUCUAGAACUAUAGAGCGGAUCGACGUCGACACAUUCAAUCACGUCGACUUGUAUAUGCCCGUGAUCGAAGAGAGGAUAGAGAAUGAUCCCUAUGGCAGCGGUGGCAUAGAGAACGGUGACCUCCCGAACGUGCCAGAUCCUGAACUGGAACAGGAUCUGCAGGAGAUGGAGAGGGACCUCGAGCAGGAGCUGGCGAACAAGUUCCCCGACACGUUACAGGAGCGAACAUCACACCAGAAUAGAGAUGGGUCGGGUAGCAGCUGCCUUAUGGUCACUUUCUCUCAGUGGACGUUGACCGUGUGUCUGAGUGUCUUGUGCCUGUCUCGGUUUUACGAUAGUCAUGGCUGAGGGACCAAAGCAACUGUCUUAAAAAACAAAACAAAACUAGACUAUUUCGCCUCUCAUAUGUCCCAAGUGUAUUCAUUUUAAGGACAUAAUACGCGCUGUGAAAAACAAAAUAAAAACAAAAUCAUUGUUGACAGACGAUGAUGAUGUACGGAGGUGGAGAGUGAUGCACCUCUUGCCCUUUAUGCUGUCAAAGACGUGGCUCUAAGCAUUUAUAUCCACCUGUGGACGAUUUCACCUGCCUUAGGGACGUGCAAAAGACCCUGGCUAUUGUGUUGAGUGUUGGAAGGUGUGUGCGUGGGUGGUUGUGUGUGUGUGUGUGAGUGUGUGUAUUUGGGGAGGGAGUGUGGGGGGAGUGGUUGGAGAGUGGUGCUGGAGGCUCCCUGGACAAACCCAACCAAGCCUUGCCACCCCAUCUAGCCUCACCAGGAAAACCCCCCCACUCUGCUAUAUUAACAGUGCCUCUUUUUUGUAAAUUUCGCUUUUAUGUGUUUCUUGGGGCAUUUCAUACGUUUUCUGUGAGAGUUAAAUAUUUGUGAUGAAUAGUCUCACGUUUUUUAUAAAUUUGUGCAAAAUUCAAGUUGUAGAUUAUAAUGUAUAUGACGCAGAUAACAUAUUUUGUUUAUAGGACCAAAAGUGAAUUGAGUUUUGGCGAGUCACUUUUUAGUCAGUAGAUGGUUGUCACAGAGUGAUUAAUUUUGUAUUGUGAACUAGGGUCCUGAUUCUCAAACGUCCGUGCAGCGGAUGUUCCUUGUAACUAAAAACAUAGGAAUGCAUUGUAAUUGGUUGACUUAAUUUAAAACACAAAAUAAUACCUAAAAACAAUGUCAGAAUUACACUAAGACUUUACCUUAAUCAUGUUACAUUCACUUAUAGCAUCAGUUAGUGAACAAAAUUAAGUUAAGAGACUUUGGAUAUAUUCCCUAUGUUAUUACUUGGUGCUGAGUGAAAGUAUAUAGUUUCGGUAAAGUUUUUUGUGUAAUUCUAAUGAUGCUUUUGAAUAGUUUUGUGCUUUAGCUGAUUUCAACCAGUAAGCUGCACUCUUUUGUCAUUAGUUACGGGGAAUAUUCAUGGUACCAACUUCUCAGAAUCUGGACCGAGUACUUUACAGACUGUGUAUGUUGCUUGGUGGUUUGUAUACCGAGCUUCACGUAUUGUACUUGAGAAGCCAUAGGUUAUCUGAACAGUGUAAAGUAUUUUUUUGAGUUUUCAUGUGAUUCUCUUCCAAUUUCUUUUCUUGUCUCUUGAUAUAGAACAAGCCGAAGUAAACUAGGACUUUAGGACACUCAACCAUCAGGUAAAUUAUCUGGUGUGAGUCACAUUAUGUUUGACGUCAAUAGUGUUACUUUAGUUGUCCUGUUAUUUCUGUUGUUCUUUUCUCGUGUUAAUGAUUAUUUGUAUGGUUAAAAACUCAGUCCAUAUAUCUAUAUACAUAUAAAUAUAUAUAAAUAUAUAAAUUGUACAUCAUAGUAGUAUCUGUGAUUAGACAUUUCUGUUGCAUAGACAACUAACUCAUCAGUUGACGAAUCACUACGAGGGGCGGUCACUGUGUCCCCGGGGGCAGUGUCUCACCCUUAACCCUCCCAAUUAUUCUAUCACACUGUUGUUCUCCGCCACCAGCUGUUCACCGCCAGACUCUACCCGGAAAAAUAACCAAUUAAACUCACUAGAAACUAACUGAAUCUUAAAGCGAUCAAAAUUAUAUGCAAAAAUCUACUUGGUAAAUAGUGAAACGAAACCCUUGCCUUAUAAUUUUCUUGAUGGACUGAUGGGAAUUUAGAAACCAAUCUCCUAAGGAUCCCACAUGAAUAUCAUACGAAUUAAAACCUGAAAUCUUCCUCGUGACGCUGGACCGUUGAUGGGCAGGCGGGAGCAGAUGUGUGUUUUAUAAUACGGGAGGAUUAAGGGUUUGAGGGACGCUGUAGACGGUAGCGUCAGGGCCGCUCCUCGUCUCCUCCGCUCUGAAGCAAUAGGGUCAAAACUGUUGGCCAAGGUCUACUGUAGUGUUAUGCAGAUGUGACGUGCAUUGAGUUGACCAUCUUUAAAUCCCUUAAAUGCGGGGAGGGAGGGGUGGAGGCCGCCGUAGCUAGCAUGAUACUCCUGCAACAUAGAUGAACGUAAGUACUCCUCCUUCGAGACGGGACAAUGUGCCUCUUUAAAAAUAAACAAGCAAGUUGAGAGCUUCCAAGAUUAAGCACUAUGUAAUGAAAUUUAAAAAAAACACAAAAAAAUAUAAAAAUAAACCAGUUCCCUUUUAAUAUAAUGCAGUCACUAGUUUACCCUCGUCUUAGCUUGAAAUUCAACCCAGUUUUGAGAAAACACACACACUAACAUGUCGUCUUGAGCUAAUGUGAUAGAGUUUAUUUAGUAAUACUGUACCUUACAAACAUUUAGAGAGUUUUUUAUUUAUUUUAUUUUUUUUGCCUCACAGUGCAAGUGACUUUAUACCCUACACCAGGCAGACAGUGUGUUGUACAGGUAGUGUGGGACAGUUGUGUUAUCCACCAUGCAUAAUAUUAGAUAUGGGACAGGUGUGUGAUCCACCAUGUAAAAUAAUAGAUAUGGGACAGGUAUUUGUACUCCACCAUGUAUAAUGUUGGUCAGUAACAUGUUGACUUGAACCAUACGGUGUUUGUAUUCACACAUAAGAUCUGUACUCAGGAGUACUCUAUGGGUAUGAGUACUUAUGUUGAGUACAAACACCAGUGUGUAUAGAGUUGGUAUUUCUUGUAUUUAUGCUAAUAGAGGGACCUUAAGUAACAUGUCUUUCCAUUGUAAUUACUAUAACAUAUACCAUGAGUACUGUAACAUACACUGAGUACUAUAAGAUAUGCACUGAGUAUUGUAACAUGUGCUAUAAAUUCUGUAACGUGCACUGACUGAUGUAACCUAUGAACUGAGCACUGUAACAUGUGCACUGUGUACUAUAACAACAUAUAGUACCAAUUGAUCGGAUCAGUGUUCGCUGAGUUAGACAUAUGUGUUACCUUAUUAUAUCUGUAUUAAGUGAUUCAAUCUACACCAGCUGAUUAGGCUUGUAUUUCCUGAUUGGAGUGUACCAGCUGGCUCAAUCUGUCCCACUAAUGAAGUCCCUAUUACCUGAGUGAGCCAAUACCACCUGCUGGAUUAGUACCAUCUGAUUAUACUUCUACCAUCUGAUUGAAUCUACACUAACUGAUUAGACCUUUACCAGCUGAUUAGACCUCUACCAGCUGAUUGGAUCUACACCAACUGAUUAGACCUCUACCAGAUGAUUAAACCUCUACCAGCUGAUUAGACCUCUACCAGCUGAUUGGAUUUUCAGGCAGGACACAGUCACCUGGAGGCCAGAUUUUCUCUGUAUAAGUCAAUCUGUGUUAGGGGUCGGGAAACAACUUGCGUUUAAAAAAAUCAGUGGAGAGUUUCGACAACACUCCUCGCCUGUAGAGAACAAGUGACUCUCUCUCUUGGAGUAAGAUCCUGGAGUAAGUAAACCGUGUAGGGAUGAAUGGAGGGGGAUGUGGAGUUUAUUGGAGGGAGUAAACGAGGCUGGGAAAUUCUUGCAGUGAACAUUGUAAUGGUGGAGGGUUCUUGAAGGAUGUUAACUGGGUGAAGGUGGAGUAUUCUUGCAGUAAACAAUGUAGAACUGGAGAGUAGUUCUUGGAGUGAGUAAAACAGUAUGGAAGGAGGAGGAACUUGGAACACCUGCCUUGAUGAUCGUAGUUUUUAACUCUUAAACUCGUGGACAAAGUCUCCACUACCUCUUUAAAUGUUCCAGUGUGUAGCCAUGCAAGUGUGUCUUUCGUUUGUGUGGGUUGGGAGGGAGGGGGAGGGAAAGAUCUAUACAUACAGCAACAGUAAAUCAUCUCAAACACUCCUGUGGGUUCGUUCCUUUUCCAUCACUUUCCAAAAAAUAACAAUAGUAAGUGUCUCUUCAGCGUCCUGUGUGAGUGACUGACACAAACCAGGAGCACCAUCGUCAUUAUCUCCCGUCGUGAGUACUGUAACGUAGUGAUAAUUGAGUGAAAAAUGUUGCUGCUUCUGAGGACACUUUAAUUUAUCUUGUCAAUGUGGGAAGGUUUACUGGAAGUAUGUACAACCCAAGAGACAAGUGUGUGUGUGUGUGUGUGUGUGUGUGUGUGUGUGUGUGUGUGUGUGUGUGUGUGUGUGUGUGUGUGUGUGUGUGUGUGUCAGACUCACAGGAUGCUAAGGACUUAAAGUGUCAGCAUAAACAUACAGCGUUAGGGAUUGUAUGUAUGUAUGUAUGUAUGUAUGUAUGUAUGUAUGUAUGUAUGUAUGUGAGGAAGUUUAAAUCCGUCUCUCCCAUUAGGCACAACACUGUCAGCCCAUCCCCCCCCCUCCAGUCAGUUUACAGUCAAUUCAGUUAUCUGAAAUCAGAAUAACUUCCUUCGAUUGUCCCACAGUCAUUCCAGUCUCCCCGUCAGCAGGCCUACAGUCACCCCGGUGCUCCCCUGUCAGCUAAUCUACAGUCAGUCCAGUUCCAUCCAUUUUCACACAGUUGACAGUCAUUCCAGCCGACCGAUAGUCACCCCCAGUCCUCUCUCUCUCUCUGUUUAACCAAUCUACACUCAGUACACUUUCCCCUCCAUUUACACCCUGUCUACCGUCAUUCCAUCAAGCCUGUCUCUCGACCACACACACACACGCGUUAAUAUUUUGGUUAUGCCGACCACACUCGUCUCACUCACUCACACUUCUUAACAUAACUCAUUGCGUUCCUAAAUUAUCAAGAUGUUUAGUCAAAAGUCCAGUGUUCUCCGUGAGGAUGGUGGUGUGUUCUGCAGCCGUUGAGUGUUGUGUAAUGUUUUUCUUUUGAGUAUUUCUAGACGGGAGAAGAUAGUAUGUGGCAAGUCAUGUCUUAAAGAUGAAGGGAGAGAGAGAUACGUGAUAAAAGAUAAGCUGGUUCCUUAUUGCCUUACGUUCUUAUUCUUAUCAUUAUCGUCAUCUGUUUUCAAUGUUUUAGUCUCUUUCUUUCAUCUUUUUUUACUUUUAUUUAAUACUUCCUUCCUUCUUAAAUUUGUUCCCUUUGCGUUUCAUUGUAUUUUUCUGUUGUCGCUUCAAAUGCCUUUCGUUCCUCCAGUGUUAAAUUUUCUUCGGGUUUUUCUUCAGUUAUUUGUCUUUCCUGGAGAGUAUUAGUGUCUUUUGUUUACUCCUUGUUCUUCUUUCUUCUCUAUUACUUCCUUUCUUCUUUAUUGUGAUGCUGUCUUACUCCUAAAUUCUUCUAGUCGUUUCCUAGUUCUUAAUAUCCUCCAAGUUAUUUUAUAUAUAUAUAUUUUUCAUUUCCUCGUUACUAUCUGUUCUGUCACUCAUUCCCUUCCUUUCAUUCUUAUUAUUUCCCCUUAAUUCUUAACAUUUUCCUCAUUAACUUUUAUUUUACAUUUCUUCGCCAUCAUUAUCAUCAUCACGUUUGUUUUGAGUCUUAUUUUUAUUAGUUUUCUUCACAUUACCAUAAAUUAUCUAGCUGUAACUUUCACAAUCAUCAUUUUUCUUUUCGUUCUCAUUACUAAACAUUCAUUGUCUCUUCCUCCCAUCACCCAUCAGUAGAAACAAGAAAAUAUUUACAGACAAAAAUUCUUCUGUCACUCACAAGUCGCCAUAGACGUAACCUCAGACUUUUUUUUUAAGUUUCCCCUAAAAAAGAAAAUCGUGUUUACAUAAUUAGACUAAAUUAUUUCGUAUGAUUCGAUGGAUAAUUAAACUAAAUUAUUUAUUAUAAGACUCGAUGACGCUACUGUUGUAACUUAUAGAAGAUCUGAAUUAACCUGUUGCAAUAUAGGAAGGAAGGACCGUUUUUUCAAAGACUAGGAAGCCUCUCUUUAGGACUUGUAGUGGAUCUGAAUAAACGUAAUGUGUCCUUGGGAAAAAAAAAUAUCGUCUUGGAUGCCUCUAUAUAACCUCUCGCAGACAUAAAUAAAAUAAUGAUGGUGUUGGUGUUUAAGACAUGACAUGACAUGACACGAGAGAAAGACAUAAUGGAGUAGGUGUUGUGGAAGUGUGUGCGUGUAUGUCUGUCUGUGUGUAUGUGUGUGUGUGUCAUGUCUCGGGCACUUUUUUUUUUCCUUGUACGACCAAAUUAAGAAAAAAUAAUGUAUAACCUGUGUGUAUUUUAUAUCUGUGAAUGUAAAUUUGUAUAGCAUGUACAUAGUAACCAUUAAUACUAAUAUUGUAUUUUUUCA